AUGGCUAUCUCAUCAACUCGUGUUAUUGGAGUAGUUCUCUUAAUUGUUCUUUUUAGUGGCAUUAUGGUUUCUGCUGACGUGUUAGGGCGGCGCAUGCUCGGUGCAGGCGGCGUAGGUGGUGGUGGUGGUGGCUUAGGUGGCUUGGGAAUUGGUAUUGGUGGAAGUCUUGGCCAUGAUAUAAAUGGUGGCAUGGGACUUGGUGGCGGUUUGCUUGGUGGUAAAGGUGGUGGUGGUGGUGGUGGUAACUAA